AUGAAUUCUGUAUUCUACAAUUUUUCUUGGGACACAUUUUCCGCUCCUUUUGAUGAAAAUGAGGUAAGAUUCUAUCAAUCUUUAGAACAAGGAUAUAUGGGGGAUUUUAUUCGUAUUAAGGUUCGUGUUAAACAUGAACAAUGCAUCGCUCCCCAACAAUACCUUUCUAUAAUUUUACCUUUCGAUGAGUUUUUAUAUGAGCAAAUCAUGUUUGUACCUUACCAAGAUUUUCUACAACAUGCUUGGAUAUACUUGCAAGUUUACUUUCCUAACAAUAUCAUCCCCCAUGAGUUGAUGUACACAAUGGUGCCGUUUUUAAUGACAUAUGUCUGGGAUGCACGAAGUUCACAUUCUGGCUUUCAUUACGAAAGUCCUCGAAUUCGUGUUUUUCCUUUGGGUUUGGAUGUUUUUGUUCAAAAGUUAUUUGGUGAGUGUGACAAUAUUUUCAUCAAUAACAUAACUGCGAGGUUUGACUCCAUUGAGGAUGCACAAUUUGUUCCGGCAUCAAAGGAAGCCAUUGAAUCUCUUGAGAAGCUGAAGAUCGAAGAUCUUGAUGCCAUUGAAAAGUGUAGUGUCUGUCAAUUCGAGUUUAAUGUUGGAAUGGAGGUUACAAAAAUGCCUUGCAAUCAUCUGUAUCAUCAAGAAUGCAUUGUUCAGUGGCUGGAAACUAGUCACAUGUGCCCAAUGUGUCGCUACCCAAUGCCAACUUCAACCAGUGGCUGA